AUGUCGGGGGGAAACUCCUCUAAGAACAAAGCGCGGUCUUCCAAGAAGACGGAGGGGUGGGAGGAGGCCGGGGGGGAGUUCUAUCAGGAGCUGUACCCGGGUGGGGAACAGGAGUUGUUCGAACAUCUGCAGAAGGCUGACGCGGCCAAACUACAUACCCUGCUGCCGUCCAAACAGGCCCGGAACACAACUACAGUAAAACGAGUGAGAUCCCAAAAUGAGCGGCGCCAGUCCACGUUCGCGAGAACCACGCAGAGCAGAGACAUCACGCUGUCCAUGUUGCCCGACCUCUCAGAAAACCUAUCCAACGAGGAGCGCACAUGGGAAGAGAUCAUGCAGAUCAAGGCCAUGCCGGUGCCCAUGCCGCAGAAGCGGGAGCUGAAGGCGAGACUGCAGAACGCAACAAAACUCCGUCUACAAGGCUUGGAGCAACUCCAGUGGCGGCAACGGAAGGUGUGGCACCGUUUCCGCAUCCGCCUGACGGAAACACUCGGAAAAAUGGAGCUAUGGAGCUCAGCUUUAAAGGAAAUCGAAGGAAAUUUCGGUACAGGAGUCGUAUCCUUCUUUCUAUUCCUUCGCUGGCUUUUGUUCCUAAACCUAGCCAUAUCUGUUACCAUAAUACUGUUUCUAGUCUUACCCAAAACUUUGCUAGUCGAAAGAGAGGUGGUGUGUCACGAUUUCAACACGAAUCACACUGAUUGUUGUUCGCAAACAUAUUUAGAGAGAAAUGUCACCGAUAGUAAUAUAGCCGUGGAUUUAAUUCAAGGGACAGGCGUCUUUGAACGGACUAUAUUGUUUUACGGCGUGUAUAGUAAUCAAAUCUAUGCGUAUUAUCUUAAACUAUGGACAGAAGUCUUGUAUUAUAAUAUGCCAUUAGCCUAUAUCUUAGUGGCUAUAUCUUGGGCGUUAUUUUCUUUAAUAGCGAUUGUAAAGUCAGCUGCUAAAGGUUUUAAAGAAAAGUUAGUAGAAAAUGAAGGUCAAUUCUACCAGUAUUGUAACCUGGUUUUCGGCGGUUGGGACUUUUGCAUACAUAAUGAUAAGUCCUCAAAUAUCAAACACAAAGCUUUGUUCAAUGAAUUACGAGGUUGCUUAGAAGAAGAGAGGUUUAAAGAAGAAAAACAGUUAAGGACAAGAGAGAAUGUAAUACUGUUGUAUAUUCGCCGGAUAGUCAUCAAUAUCAUAGUGAUAGCGAUUCUUUUAGCUGCAGGAUUGGCAAUUUAUGUCUCGUUUAACUAUUCGAUGGAUAAGUUGAACGAAAGAACUGGAGUUACCAACACGCAUUGGACCCCAGAAAUCAAUGGAACUCUCAUGGAAAAGUUAACCUUAAGUCUUUAUAGAGAUGACAUGCAUUUGCUUGGUCAGUUAGAGAGUCUUCUGCUAGAGUUUUUGCCGUUCAUUUGUAUUGUAGUUUUGAAUAUAAUUGUGCCAGAAGUCUUCGGUUAUUUGAUCGCAUUCGAGAAUUACACCCCAGCCAGGGUCAUUAUAUUCUCUCUGUUAAGAACAGUGCUUCUAAGAUUGUCAUCUUUGGGUGUUCUUCUAUCCAACUUAUACAUUCGGGUAACAGCUCCAAACAGAAAUGUAUGUUCUUAUGACAAUACAGACUCCAGUAUAAUGGAAUGUUGGGAAAGCUACGCGGGACAACAAUUCUACAAGCUAAUAAUCACAGACUUCGUCAUCCAAUUCAUAACGACGUUUUUCAUAAACCUGCCCCGAGCAUUUCUAGCCAGACACAGGUCGUCUAAAUGCUUAAAAUUCGUCGGCGAACAACACUUCUACUUGCCUAAACACGUUCUAGACAUAGUUUAUACACAAACUAUCAUAUGGUUAGGUGCGUUUUUCUGCCCGUUUCUACCGAUUUUGGGGACAAUGUUCUACUUCCUAAUAUUCUACAUUAAAAAGUUUACGUGUCUAGUCAAUUGCACGCCAUCUGAGACCGUCUAUAGAGCUUCUAACUCAAAAAGUCUUUUCACCUCAAUCCUGCUGCUAGGUUUCUUAGUAUCCAUAGCCCCUGUAGCCUAUUCCAUAGCCGAAAUCGUCCCAUCUAUAAACUGUGGUCCUUUCCGAUCCUACGCAACAGUUUGGGCCUUUGUUAUAGAGACUUUCGAGCGUCUUCCUAGAUUCUUCAGGGAAAUCAUCUUCCUUCUAGGCACAUCGACUUUCGCCGUCCCAGCAUUUGCCAUUUUACUUUUCUUCUUGUACUACUAUUGGGCUGUAUCGGCGGCCAACAGACAUAUGGUGACUGUUCUCAAAAGCCAGUUGGUGUUGGAGGGUCACGAUAAGCAGUUUCUUUUGAAUAGGCUGAGUGCGUUCAUAAGGCAACAUCAAAAACGUUGUGAAAGGUCGAGGAAUAGGGCAAGUUUUGCUGAUGAUGAUGACUCGUCUAUUAGGCAGCAUAGCUCGCGAUAGGGUUGUGGAAAUUAGCCUCUAGUAAGAGCGUAUAUUUUACUUAUGUUGGUGACAAACUUUAGUCCAGUUCUAGUGUUUAUUACCGAAUCACUAAGAAGAUUGUAGGCCCAGAACACAAUUAACCAAUUUUGAAUUUGUUGUUUUUUAUUGUUUGUUAGGCGAGUUUAUUAGGAUUAUUAUUACUUUUAUAAAUUGUUUUUUGUUGCUUUGGUUUUAUUUUGGUGGAUAAUUUUGCUGGUGAAUGGUUCUAAAUCGCACAUUAAUUACUCAUACGUAUUGUAUUUACCAAAGAUCUCUUUUUACAUUGCAUUCCUAGUUAUAAAAAAAUCGUAUUUAGUCUUCCUUUUAGUCCGUUCCUAGGUUGUCCGAUAGAAAUCGCUCAAUGCGUUAAGACUAUGCUCUUUUGUAUAAAACUCUUUUUUGUACAGUCAAUAGCAUUUAAGGUUAGUUUUUGUAUUUAGGAAAAGUUUUUUUACAGUGACAAUUUAGUGAAACUUUAAAUUAAGUGUAAGUACCUAUAAAAUAUGUUAUAUUGAUUCUUAUAUCCUCUUUGCAAAACGUAAGUAUUUCAUUAAGAGACUUAUCUUAACAUAGACAUAAUAUUAUAAAUUUAAUGUAAAUUAAAUAAAUAUUAUACUAUAGGGUGUUAAGAUUAUAUUACUAUGAUACAGUACCUAUGUGUGUGCCAUCGUAUAUGUUUGUUUUCCUUUAUGUAGAUAUUUUUGUCUGUAGAUAUAAAAUGGUUGGUAAGUUUAUUGAUAAAAAUGAGAUUCGUAAGUACAUGACAUACUUAAUAUAAUAACUCAUAACGUUCUAGAAAGUAUCCUAUGAAUUGCAUUUAAAUCAAUUUAACUAAAAACAGUAUUGCUCUUUUUUAUAUAAUUUAUAGUGAAAUAGCUUAAUAUAAUAAGUACCUAUAUUAUAUACCUAUACACAAACCAUUUGUACAUAAUAAAUUUGUGUUUAAGAUGUUUUCAUUGUUGUGUAACAAAAUUGUAUAAAAUAAUUAUGUAUUUAUAU